CUUUGAAAGCAGAUAAGACGCUGCGGAAAGUAGAAUGUCACAAGAUAUUGAAGGAAUUGAAAAAGAAAUAGAAACUGAAUUAAGCAGAAUCAGUGUUUCCUCUUUUGAAGCAGAUGAUCCUGAGAUAGAGGUAUCAGAUGACGCUUUGAGUGACAGUGAGACAAUUUCAGAUGACUUGCCAGAAUCAGUUCUCUCCUAUUUAAACUUUAUAAAGAGCAGAAAUCAAGAUGCUGAAAAGCUUAUACUGCAAGACUUAGAAGAUGAAGAAACUACAAAUAACAUUUAUGGAGUAGUUUCCUGCCAUGCUUCAGAUUACUUGGCAGAAUUGGCUUUGGAAUAUAAUGAAGAUCCAGAAGAAUUAAAAAAAAGGGUACUACUUGAAAUUGAAAAUGAAGACUUGCAGAUUGCUACAACAUGUAGUUAUAAUAGUCAGUCCACCAGUGAUGAAGUGGUCACUGAUGACCAUUUUGUUACAGCUGAUGUUGAAAUGAGCAUAAGCCUUACUCAUCGUGAAGUAGAAGAAAAGUGUAGACAAGAAUUUGAGCAGUGGGAGAAAACACAAAAGGAGCUUGAAGACGAGGAGAGGAAAAAGUGGAAAGCUGAGAGGGAAGCACAGGAAAAACAGAAUGAAGAAGAACAUGCAAGAAGGGUGCAGCGUCUACAGGAAUUUGAGGCUGAAAGAAUAAAGUUAGAGCUUCUUCAUAAGAAACACCAAACUGCAACAGAAGGUGAGUUACAGAAAGAAAGGAAAGCUUGGAGAGACAAAAUCAUGCAACAUGAGGAAUUGAUCAUGAAAAUACAGUUGCAAAUGGAAGAGGAGAAAAAGGCCUUGGAAGAGCAGAAAGCAAAAGAAAGACAACACCUGGCAGAACAACAGAAUACAGCAGCUGUGAAAAUCCAAGCUAGAUUUAGAUCAUUUUUAGUCCACAAAAAAUAUGCUCCCAUCUUAAAAGAAUGGAAAGAUGAAAUAAAAAAGAAGCAGAAAAUACUGGAAGAAAUAGAGAGAGAAAUGAAAGAAAAAGAGGAAAAAAUGAAGAGACGAAUGGAAGAAAAUAGGCUAAAGAAAGAAGAGGAAAAAAAGAGACAAGAAGAACUUGAAAGACAAGAACAUUUGGAACAGAUGAGGAGGCAUGAGGAAUAUGAGAAAAAGAAAGAAAGCGUGAAACUUGAAAGAGAAAACCAGUUGCAAAUAAGAAGAGAAGAACAGAGAAAACUAGGAGAAAAAAGAGCAAAAGCUGUGAUGAGUAAAAGGAGAGAAAACAACAAAGAAAACAUAAAAAAGGAUAAGCAGAUAGAAAAUACAGAAGUAAUAAGAGAACAGAAAAAGGAACUAAAUAAGCAAGUAGAGGAACAAAAAGAAAAACAGACUGAAAUGAUGGGUGAAACAAAUAAUUGGAUGAUUCCAGCAGAAAGAAAUAUGACACCAAGACCCAAUAUGCUAGGCUCUGAGAAGAAGGAACACUUUUCUCAAGUGAAUAUUGAGAACAUGUACAUAAAUUCAGUAACACAUGCAGAAGAAAAUUACUCACAAACUAGACAUCUUAAUAAAGCUCCAAAGAGUCAUACUUCAAAGGGUGAAUCUGAUAAUUCUGGAGACAAUGACAUGGUAGACAAUAAGGCAAACAAUAUAUGCAGCAGUCCACCAAAUGUCCAGCCAAAUGCUUGUAAUAGAGAAGUCAAAAAUCAAUUUUCUCAGUCUGAAACAAUGAAGGAAAAUGCGUUUCUAACAGGAAAUGCUAAUGAGGAAGUCAGAGAGACCUGGGAUAGAAUUCAAGAUGCAGAUGAGCAUUCCCAUAGACUCAUGCUUCCUGAUGAUAUUCAGAAGAAGAGAAUAAACUGGAUGAACACAUGUAAAUCUUGGUCUAAAAUAUUUGAAGAAAACCAAAGAAAGCAAACUACUAUAAAAAAAGAACGAAGGAAAAGUUCAGUUAGCAAGAUGCCUCCAUUAAAUACACAAAAGAUAAUUCAUAGUGGCCCUUGGAGUACUCUGCAGCAGAUCACAGCACUUACACUUGAAGAUUUGCCAGCUUGUAGCCUCUCCACGUUAUCUGAAUGUUCAAAUCUUCAAGUUUUGACUCUGAGACGCUGCGGACUAGUUGCGCUGGAAGGACUAAGUAGCUGCAAAGACCUAAAGUAUAUCAAUGUGGAGGAAAACAACAUUCAGGUAAUUGACUGUGAAAAUCUAGAAAAUCUCUGUAUUCUGAUUCUGAAUAAGAACCGUCUUUCGUCAGUUUGUGGCUUAGAUGGCUGUAUAAAUCUGCAAAAUCUUGAACUUUCCUACAAUAGAAUCACUCGAAUUGGUGGUCUGGAGUCAUUGAAAAGUCUUCAGCAAUUGAUUGUGGACCAUAAUCAGUUAAUCAGCAUAAAAGGUCUUUGUGAGGCACCUACUCUCAUUCACCUAGACUGCUCUUUUAAUCAUCUCACAGAAGUUGAAGGCAUUGAGAAUUGUGGCCUACUUCAAAUUCUGAAGUUGCAAGGCAAUAACCUCCAGGAGCUUCCAAGACUAGAAAAUCAUGUUCUCCUAAGAGAACUACAUUUGGAUGACAAUAGCAUUUCUGCUGUGAGAAUGCUUUCUUUGUAUUGGCUGCCUCUAUUGCAGAUUCUUUUGCUGUCUCAAAAUAGACUGACUGAGCUUGUGCCUUUAAACUCCUUUGUGUCUUUGGAAAAGCUGGAUAUCAAAAAUAACUGCUUGUCAGACCUUAAAGGUGUUAUUACAUGGUUAAGUGGCUGUUACAGGCUAAAGGAGUUGUCACUCAGUGGAAAUCCUCUUCUCCAAGAAAGGAAUUGGAGGCCUUCCUUGUGUAAGGUCCUUCCUAGUUUACAGUUUCUUGAUGGUGAAAUCUUAAAUUAUCAUACUUUACCCACAACUGAAAGAAUCAAAGGAUCAGAAUCAAGAACUUUCCUGGAGCUCUGUCAAGUUCAAAUUGAAGAAAAUGUUCUUCUGAAAAAAAAGGCUGCUGAACUGGG